UAUGGCCAAGUCUGUUCAUCUUCUACACUCAGUUGGAGACUUCUUUGGAGUAACUGAGUCUGCAUCAGAAAAUAUGAAGAAAUGGAAGAUCAAGGCAGAGAAAAAGAUGAAGGAUAAAGAAUUUGGACUGAGCAUUAAGAAAUCCUUGGGCAGCCAUGUUGGAAGCCAAGACAAGUUUAUUCAGGAUGCAGAGAAGAUGCUGUCACGUAUUGAUGCCUUCCAGAGGAUGGAAGAAAAACAUGAGUUCCAGGUCAAUGAAAGAGAAAAAAGUGAAGCAAAGGCAGAAAAAACAGUUCAAGGUCCAAAAAGUUUGACAGAUACAAACCUGCCUGGACCCUCUAGAAUAGCAGAAAGUGAAACUGACAUUGACAGUCCUGGGGAUACCUUUUCUAGUAAAGGUAGAUCAACGAAGUGGAUCGCUAAUAAAACGUACACAGAGGUUGAUGACACAGACAUUGUUAAUGUUGAACUUGUAACUGAGAGAGACACUGAUGUGCCUGGUAAAAGGCACUUUGAUAAACAUUCAGGUGCCAGUCUCAAUGGUAAAAGUUCUGUUGAUAAACAAUCAGAUGAUGUCAGUGGUAAAAAUCUGUUUGGUAAACAUUCUGGUUUGAAAGUUAGGGUUAAAGGGAUUGAGGGUGAGGAUGAUGCCUCAAAAAGUAAAGAUAACAUCUUCCUGAAGAAGAUUCUCCAUGCUGAAACUGGUAGCAUAGAUGAUUCGGACAAAGGUGGUAAACAUCAUCAAUCAGAGCCUCAAAUUUAUGGAAAAUCCGAAGAUUUGUAUAAAACUCUUAAAACUGACGUAAUCUUCUUUGAUGAAAUACCAGACAAAGAUAAAUGUGUGCACUUCGGAACUCCAAAGAAACUUGAGAGAACAAUUUUGGAUAGUGUACGUAAGGUACAAACUUCAAAAACAUCUGACACAGAGUUUGAAUCCACAGAUUUGGAUGCAGCAACCAAUCAAGUGAAAGAAAAAAAUGAGGACAAAAUGUCAAGUGAUGUUGAAGAGAGUCAAGAGAUUGAUGUUGAUCCACAGAAAGACACUGAUGUUGAUGGUGAAAAGAAAGAAAGCCAAGCAGAGAACAAACUACAUGUGACAGUUUCAGUCUCAAAUGGCUCCACUAGCACUGAGAAAGUCCUAGGUCCUGAGGAUUUUGUGUAUGGAAAGGAGGCUUUGGAACACUAUAAACUGUACACGCAGAUUGAAGCCAAAGAGAAAAGAAACAGGCUCCAAGCAGAGUAUGAGAGAAAGAUAGCAGAAUAUGACUGGAAACUGGCGGCCAUUGAUGAAAUCAUAGAUCUUGCCAAAGGUUUUUAUGUGAACCCACAGUCAACCAAAGCGUCCAAGUGGCGUGAUUUGAAGCGUCGUGUGAAGCUUAGUAGCAGCCACCAAAUUGGGCGUACUGAGGUCAGACGGAAGCUGGGGGAACUCCCGGACUACAGGCCUUACUUCACUUACUUUAUCAUUCUGGCCCAGUUAAUCUCGUUCAUCGUAGUAUGUGUACUGGGUGGUAUCACAUACGUCGGUCUGGAGCCGAGACUCAGUGUGGAGACAGACAUACGCACAUUCAAUGGCAUGGAGACCGUCCAUCGCUGGACAUUGCCCAAUAUCUGGAUAGGACCCAGCGAGGCAGAAAUGAUCAAGUAUGGCGCCAUGUACGCCCCCUGUAUGCGACCGGACAUUGAGAUUCAGUUCAUGUUCACACAGCAAAAUUACAGCCAGUACAACACGCUAGGCUGCUGUGAGAUCACCAGCAGGAAUGUGGCCGGAACCACCACAGAGGAGGAAUGCCACAUGCACACUCAAGGUGUGGGCCAGUGGAGGUCUGGUGUGCCUUGCAGCGAGCGGUCAGGUGGAGAGUUAAGUGUGCGACACAUGUUACGCCCAUGUUGUGUGGGAAUUAAGGGCCAGUGUCAACUUCUCUCACACAAACACUGCAUGUUCCUGGGAGGCAUCUUUCACCAGUUUGGACCGGAACACUGCAGCCAGGUAAACUGCCUGUCUAAGGUGUGCCAGUUCGGAGGUAUGGAGGCCUCGAUUGAGCAACCAUGGCUUCCCCAAGCCCCUUACCAAUGGUGGAGAAUACUGCUAUCCCUGCUUUACCACCAUGGCAUUACACUUGUGGCAUUUGUGGUCAUGGCACAGUUCAUUGUUCUCAGGCAGAUAGAGCACAAUGCUGGGUGGCUGAGGAUGAUUAUCAUCUAUGUUCUAAGUGGCACGGCUGCCUUGCUGGCAUCAGCCAGUUUCAAUCCCCAUCACAGCCAUGUCGGGGGAGUGGGGGCAGUGUGUGGGAUGCUGGGAGUGCUUUUUGUUGAGCUGUUGCAAUUCUGGUCCCUUGUACAAAAACCCUGGAUGGAGGUUGCAAAACUCACGGUCUCAAUUGUGCUUAUUCUGUUUCUGGGAACUCUGCCUUACCUCGAGAUUAUGGGUGUGCUGGCAGGACUGGUAACUGGAGCCCUAUGUGGAGUCAUUGUGCUACCCUAUAUCACAUUCGGAAGAUGGGGCACCCACGCUCGGGUUGUACUUAUCAUUGUGGCUGUAGGCCUGCUGUUUAUAGAAUUCUCGUUGCUGGCACACCUGUUUGUGAAUGUACAAACUUUAAAGAGCUGUGGUGUGUGUAGGUUGCUUAACUGUGUGCCAUAUACGAACAAUAUGUGUAAUGUUGAACUAUGGGAAGAUUAAGAAAAUAUACUUUUUUUGAUAAUAAACUCUUCAAUGUUUCAAUUCUAAAUAAAUCAACAUAAACAUAAUGAUGAAACAAGUUUGAACUCAAACUUUCUGUAAUGUAGUGCUUUUUGAUGUUACAGAAAGAGACUUAUUAAAUGCAUUAUACACUUCAUACUUCAAAAUGCCACACUAAUAUGUGUUAAAAUGCUAAAUGCCACAGUUUUAUGUGUUCAAAUGCUAAAUGUCAUAGUUUAAUGUGUUCAAAUGCUAAAUUCCAUAGUUUAAUGUGUUCAAAUGCUAACUGGCAUAGUCAUACUUGUUUGAAGUGCUAUUUGGUGUUACAGAAAGAGAUUUAUUAAAUGCACUUUACACUUCAUUCUUCAAAAUGCCACACUAAUUUGUGUUCAAAUGCUAAAUGACAUAGUUUUAUGUGUUCAAAUGAUAGUUAUACUUGUUCAAUUGCUAAAUGCCAAAGUUAUGUGUUCAAAUGCUAAAUGCCAUAGUUUAAUGUGAUCAAAUGCUGAAUGCCAUAGAUUUAUGUGUUCAAAUGCUAAAUGCCAUAGUUUAAUCUGUUCAAAUGCUAAAUGUCAUAGUUUAAUGAGUUUAAAUGCUAACUACCAUAGUUAUACUAGUUAUAACUAAGUUUAUACUAGUUUGAAGUGCUUUUUGGUGUUACAAAGAGAUUUAUUAAAUGCAUUAUCCACUUCAUACUUCCAUAUGCCACACUAAUAUGUGUUCAAAUGUUAAAUGUGAGUUAUACAUGUUCAAAUGCUUAAUGCUAAAUGCCAUAAUCAUUGGUCUUCAAAUGCAACAUGCCAUUAUUAGUUAUAUGUGUUCAAAUCAACUAAAUCAUGUUUGUCAAUCAGUACCACACCAGGCCCCAAUUUCUCGAAACUUCUUAAGCUUAACAGGCAUAAGUCGCUUAUUUCAAUUAGCCAAAAUACAUACUGAGAAUUGAUUUUGAUAAAUGAAAAAUGGUUUAUUCUGAUAAUCAUACAGGUUAUUCCUACAUAAUUUCUAAAAAUUCUUGAAAACGUAAAUAUAACACAUUUCAUAGAACAACAAUAAUAGUGAGAUUAGCUUAAUCCUGUUAUAAGGGACUUAAGAAGUUUCGAGAAAUUGGGGCCAGUAGAUUAGCUUCGAGGUGUUUGCUACCAUGAAUUUCUAACAGGCUAUAGAUGUUUGUACUGGGUUUAACAUUAACAUGGUGGAAAGGGGCACAUUUAAUCAAAAUAUUUUAACAAUUCAAAACCUUGAAACACUAUGCAAACAUUUAUUUAGUAAGUUUGAGUAUGAUGUUCUUUCUUUUCUCUAAAUGUAAUACUUUGUUUUAUUAACUAUUACUUGGAAAUACUAGUGAAUGGAAACAAAUGUGAAUUUUAUCCGAUGUUUUGUUCAAGAUGCCUAAAAUGGUCGUUUCAAUUGUACGUUUAAGGACUUGCCCUACCCUGUAGAUUUUAAAGUUUUGUUUCCAUUAUAUCGUGGGUUUUUUCUUAUUCAGUACUUUCUUAAAAUGUUUUUACUUACAUUUACUAGUUGUGAUUCCACUGUUGUUGUGUUUUUGUUCAUUAUGUUGUACUAGAUAAAACUAUAUUUUCACUGCCAGCUUUUGCCAACGCUUAUCCCAGUUGCCAUAAUGUUUGUACACUGACGGUAUGGUCAGUGCCAGCUGUGAGACUGGAAAACAACGGUCAACUGGUCACCUAAAUGACUCUUGUGUCUUACAUUUCACUGCAAAAACAUAAUGGGGUAGAUAGCUCUGGAUUAUUUUAGAGUUGAAGAGAGGUGGUGACAUUUUAACACACUAUUUUUGUCGGGAUCAGUGUUAAUUAGACACUGUUAUGUAUUUUCCAGCAUCUGACUAUUCAAGAAACUAAUGUAAUCAUUAAGAAAAAAAACGAGAUGUUAAGUUUGUCCGAAGAAAAUAAAAACGUUUUUUUGUUUAGCCUUAUAUUUGAAAAUCAGCAAAAUUCCGUCUCUUUCUCGAACUUCUUACAUGAGACUGUAAUGCCCUGUAUAUGCCUUCCCUACUCAGAUGGUUACCUCUAAAAAAAUAUCAUUUUUGUCCAUCCAAUUCUUAUUUAAUUAACAAAAAUAUUGAGCUUUUUUAAAUCAAUGUCACGUUUAUUGAUGAUUAAACUGAUGUUAAUGCGCGAUUUAUAAGCUAGCAAAUUGCAAUUUGAUUUAGGAACAUAAUUAUGUUGGUAAAAUAUUGUGUUAUUAUGUUCCUGUGAAGUAUUGAUGGCACAUAAAUUUCAAUAAUCAGUAUUACGCAUAAGUUUGAAUGUAUAAUCCAUAAAUUUGGAUAAUCAGAACUUUGC